UUGUCUUCUUUUCUCACUCCGCUGUCGCAGUUCAGUGAAAAAUCUCAGACAAGAAAGACACUUUGAAGGAAUACACAAAAUAGAAAAAAGGAAAAUUCAGUUUUAGUGUUUUUCAUUGUAUAGUAUUUAUUUUAUAUAGUAGAUAAAGGGAUAGAGAAAGAGUGGUACUUUGAGAAUAUUGUGCCCAAUUGAUGUGUUUGUGUGGGAAAAGUGCUGAAAAAUUUGGAUGAAAAAAAAUAGAGGAAUUUUUGUGAUAUUUUGCCAUCAAACUACGCAACGAAUGAAUGCUUGGGGAUUUUAGCCAUUUAAACUCUUUGAUGGCGAUUGAAGAAAAGUCACAGAGUCUGAGACAAGAGGAAAAUUAGAUGGUGAAAGAGUCACUGUUGAGUCACAGAUAGCAAAAAAGAAAAAACUAAUGCACUGAUAGAGAGGCAGUGUGAGAGAGUGAGAGAGGAGCAAAAAGAGGAAGAAAGGGAAAUAAUUAGGAGAAAGAUUCUAAAUGUUCAUAUUGAAUCUACAAGACUCACAAAAGAAUACAGAUAUUCUUCUUUAUAUGUUUUAUCAUCAGCAAGAGAUUUGUGUUGGAUGAUAAGGCAAUGUGGAGUCUGUCAGUUUGCGUGUUGUCAGUAGCUUGGGGCAUGCUAAAAAGUUGAAACGAAUUUUUGGGAUCUCACGUGGAGAUUUAACAGAAAGCGUUCAGAAAAUUUAAUUAAAAAAAAAAACAAGACUGCAAGGAAAAAAAAAGAAAGAAAUAAUUUGAUUCUCGAUAGAGGGAACAAUAUUUUGCUGGGAAAAAAAGAAUAAGAAAAUCUAAAGAGAUUUGUCACUGUCAACGUUUGCUAUAGAAUUAAAAAAAAAAUUAAUACGCAAUUUGCAACACGAGGAAAUUGAUAAAUUUCCCCUUUCAUUGAAAAGUUGUGAUACAGGAAGAUAAACGAAAAAAAAUCGAACGGUGACACAAGUUGAAGGAAUUGUGAGACGCAGUCAACGUCAAAAUGCUCUACGUUUUCCACGUGGAUUCUGGUCGGAUGAUCACAUUCGACAUGGGUGUAGCUCUUGAAAAUGUGCAAUAUCUAAAAGAAAUGAUUGAGACACAUUAUCAUAUACCAGCUGCAAGUCAAGUAUUGCUGGUCAGUGGUGGUGAAAUGCUAUAUCCCCAAAAUCGGAUUUGCAGCUAUUUGGGUGGAACUGAUACAAACCCCAUUUUUAUGUUUAGCACAAAUAUCAUAGAAUCAAAUCCAGCUAAAAAUCCACCACCACCGUGGCCAAGUAUAGAGCCUGACACUGAAUUGAAGGAUCAAGUGGAACGUUGCUUAUCUCUGCCAGCAAAUUACAAUACGGUGGUGAAACGAGCCCAAUUGGCUCAGCACAUUUUUGAAUUGGGCAAAGAAGAGACACGCACGUGCGAAAAACUUGUCCAUGAGCAACAUCUGCAGCAACAGGGCUGGGCAGCUGUUGUGGCCAAUAUGGAAGAUCUCACGGAAGAGUUUAAGAAGCGUUGCAAUGACUUCCAGAAUGUUUUCAAUGAAGUCCUAGAGAAACGUUCGGAAUAUUUGGAAUGUUUGUCACAUUUCAAUGAAGACUUGGACAAACUAUCCAGUAUUCCGAUACUUCCAGCGUUGAUACAGAACGCCGAAAAGCCUUUUCAUGCCUUUGAUGAAUUUUACGAGAAUGACUCAUUUCAGAAGGGAAAUGAAAAAGCCGAAAUAACCUCUGGCACAAGUACAAAAUCACGUGAAGCUACUCCAGAAACUUCAAAAUCAGCAUCAUCGAAUUCGAGGGAGAUUGAGGAGAAAAUUGAGGAUGUGGAUGAUAAAGUGGAUGAGAAGGCAAUGACUCUGUUGCAAUGGAUUUCUGCACAGGAGAAUCAGAUUUCACUGCGAAAGAUGGCGGCUGAGUGUAUAAAGAGUUUAGAGCAAUUUGACGAGAAGGAGAUGAUGAGUUUGAAGGCGGAAGUGAAAAGUGCCAUUGAGGGAGCUCACAAUGAAGAUAUGAAGUUGAUAAAGGGACUGGAAGAUCGACUGAGUGGUUUGGAGAAGUUGAUGUUUGAAGUGAGGAAUAUUGUGAAGGAACAGAGUGAAUUGGCUCAGGCAUUCCAGCAAAAUCAGACACGGGCCAAUAAUCUCGGGGAUACGUCAAUUUUGCCGGAUUUGUGUGUUUCACACAAGAAUCAAUUGAUUGUCAUGAGGAAGAAUCACAAACAAUUGCGAGACAUUAGAUCGAGAAUUUCACGGGCAAAAACGGAACUUGGACACAAUUUACUGCAAAGACUUAAAUUUAUUAUUUACAUAGAGAAUCGAAUGUACGAAAUAGAUAGCAAAUUACUUUUCAUUCACCGCAACUGCCGUAGGCUUCAGAAACAUAUGGGGAUUAUCGAGCAAAUUCAUCAGGCCCCCAGUGUCUACGUUACAGCUGUCACCGAAGUGGUUAGACGCAGAAACUUCUCCAGCGCUUUUUUAUUGUGGGCUUCCGAUUUAGCAUGUCAUCUUUUGACGAUUUACAAUGAAGAAGUAGUGCGUCGUCAGGAAUUCUGGUCAAUGUUCGAGGGUCACUUUCUCUGUACCCUGUUCCCAGGGAUGGAUGACAUGCCGCCGGCGUAUGCUACUGAAGCACCCUCAAUGUUUGAUUCUAGUCUGCCGAAUUUAACAAAGAAUGAUAUCCACGAGCUGUCUGUUCGUUUGCCUGACAUUGGAUCCAAAAUCGAACUUCCAGACUUAAGUGCUGUGAUAGAAUUUUUUUCAUCGAGAUCUGGGAGUAAAAGUAAGGAAAGGGCUGAGGGACAAAGUCGAAGCAUGGCAGUGGGAACUACUGAUUUGCCCAGGAUUCUCGAUAUGCAUUCGCAUCUGAAGGACUAUGAAAGGGGAUUUGAGAGUGAAACGGACACGGAAGAAUUUGAGAAGGUGGGUCAGAGUCCUAUUGAUCGUCGUCGGAUUUCAGCAACGGGGAGCCUUCAGACGUAUGCAACUCUUGCGACGUCCACACAAACUUCCCUGGCUCCAGUUGUGACAUCACUUUCAAAGCCAGAAAUGUGCAGUGCUAGUACAUCGACUCCAGCAAUUGAAACUCAAUCAAUGGAGACUCUGACUGAGGAGAAUUUGGGAGAAACAAGGAGUGAAGUGGAGAAGCUGAGGAACAUCCUCAGGGAAGUCUAUUUGCAGUCUCAUUCAGCCAUUGGUGUGCUGAGAGAUCAAGUAAAAGUUAUUAGGAAUGAAUCUGAAAGUGGUAAAAGUGAUUUGCACAGUCAAUUGAAGACAUUGAGUGAUGCGUGGGAGAUGGUAAAGUUAGAGACGGGAAAUCAUCAGCAGGAACUGAUAAAACGUACAGUUGAUCAUGAAUUGGAGUUGAAUGAUUUGAAAAAGAAUUUAGAUAGUAGCAAUGAAAUGAUUAUGAUGCUGCAGAAUGAGAAGAAGGUUCUGGAGGAGGAACAUGGGCUAACUGUUAAGAAAUUUGAGAGCGUUGUGGAGGAAAUGGAUGGAAAAGUGAAGAAUCUGAUGGAGGCAACUGAGGACUAUCGGAUGAGGGAGGCAAAGGUGAAUGAGGAAAAGGAGAAGGUUAUCAAGGAGAUUACGGAAAAAUUGACAAGAGACCACAAAUCAGAACUGGAAUCUCUUCGUUCGCGCUAUAGAUUGAUGACGAGUAUUGAGAGAUCACCAUCAGAUACGAGUCUGGAGAAGAUUGAACGACCGGAUUUGCUGGAGAUGUCUGGACAUGAGGCUGUGUUUCAACAUACGAGAGAAGAAAUGGCUGAACGGGGUUUACCCAUUAAGCCAUCGGCAGAUAGAUCACGAUGGGAAAGUCGAAGUGGCAUUGGUGGUCAUCAUUUGUUGAGUGGUUCACCAAAAUCUCCCUCGCACAUGCAUGAUAUUUACAAGAGAAUUCUCGAUGAUAAGGAUAAUCAAUUGGAGCUAAUGCGUCAGAGGGAGGAUCAAUUGCUCAAGGAUAAUCAUACAUUGCGGGAAACUAUUCAAAAUAUCACGGAAUCCGACGAUGGAAUGAGUGUUCAUGUUCUCAAGGAGAAAAUGGAUUUCCUGGAGAAGGACAAGACACGCCUGGAGCAGGAACUUGAAAUGGAAAAAUCAAAACGACUGGAAAUGGAGUCUUCCUUUGCCGCGCUGAAAGUAAAUACCCCAGAAAGCACAGCAGUGAGUCCUGAUCAAAUGACGAGAAGCGGAGCUAGGUCAAAGAUGUCCGCGAGUGUCCUGGGCAAAGGAUUAAUCAGUGUAUCGACGUGUUCGAAGGGCGAUUUGGUGUUUGUUGUUUGGAAUUCAGCCCACGAGCAAUAUAUUAUUGUUCAAGAUGCUUCUAUUCUCUACUUCCUCCAUGGAGAAAGUUACAAUACCCUCAAACUUCCUCGUCUUGUCGCCAAUGAGACUCCGACUGUGACCCAUGUGAUAGCUAAAGUGAUUGAGAAGGAGUAUUGUGUGGCAAGGAAGGAUGAAAAUAGGUAUAAAGUUAGUAAGGGUACGAAAUUCUAUCGUGUUAAAGUGGAACCGAGAUCUUCAUCUCCUUUACUCUGGGAAGCUGCAUCACGUGCAGCUCGAAAGCAUGAAUUAUCUCAGUCUGGGUGUCCAUCUGUGAGUCAGUCAACGAGCACAGAGUUGCCCAGUAGCUCUUCCAUUCCCCCAACGUCAUCCGUUCAUCUGAUGGAUUCUUUUGCACAAACCGAAAGCCUCGAUACGUUGAUUGAGGAUGUGGCUACGGCCAAGGAUAUGGUGGAUUCUGGUGUUGAUGCUCAACAGAAGAGUGUCUACAAAGAGCGAAAUAUCAGUGUGACGGAGGAAGAUGAGCCAGUAUCAUUGUCCGAUCAGCGCUACAUCAGUGUCAGUGAAGAGGAUGAAGCUGCUGUGGAGAACGCCAGUGAGAGACCGUCAAGCGGUGGUAGUAUUGGAAUUUUCACGCUAAUCGAAUCGUUUUUGACACCAAUGCAAUUGUAAGAGAUCUUCAUUUUACUGUUUUUUUUUUUAAAUACCUAAUUACUGUCACGGUUUAGUAGUUUUUCAAAUUGCCAGAAUUAAAAAAAAAACACACACAAGAUAAAGGAUUAAAAAAUUAAUUUUAUUUUCUAAAAAGAAAGAGAAAUAAUUAAAUAUAAUUAGUUUGCAAGAGAGUGAAGAAUUAUCAGGAGAUCCUUUUUGAAAAAGACAUUUCUUAAGUGCGACCUAGAAUAACUAUUACCUUUGAACUUUGAACCCAUUAGAAAUGUGUUCUUAAUAAUUAUUUUUAUUUUAAGAUUUACACAGAAAAUUAAAUAGACAUUCAUAAA